CUAAACGUUUUUCGAGAAAUUGUGACCCCAAAGAUACCACCGCUUACGUGAAUAUAAGUCAGUCAUUUUCUGGAUAUUAACAGCUAUUAUCAUAAAGGUGAUUGACAAGACUAGAAUUCAAAAUGGGUCUUGGUAUGGGGUGUAUUCGACUUCUUUUUUUCCUGUUUACGUUCAUACUUUGGCUAUGUGGGUUGGUGAUAAUAGCCCUGUGCUUAUGGAUGGCUAUCGACCAGAUAUACUUUGAGGCUUUGCUUGGAGCUGAAGUCUACGAAGUUGUGUUAUAUACGCUGCUCGCGUGUGGCGCUUUGAUCUGCCUUGUCGGUUUCUUCGGAUGUUGCGGUGCCCUCAGGGAGAGCAAAUGUCUUCUUUCUUUGUACUUCGUCUGCGUUAUCAUCAUCCUUGUUGUCCAGUUAAUUAUUGCUAUACUGGCUAUUAUCUACCAUGAACUUAUCGUGUGGAGUAUUGACGAUCAUCUGCAACGCUCAAUUGACUAUCACUAUGGUUACUACCAUAUCCACACUCGGGGAUGGGAUACACUACAAGAAGAUUGGAAAUGCUGUGGAUCCAGAGACUACCAGGACUGGCAAACAAGCCGUUGGUACCUAUCUGACCAGACCACACAUCAAGCUGUACCUCGAGCCUGCUGCAUCGACCCAAAUGAUUACCCGGCAUGCACACGUGGAACCAUAAAGGCCAAUAACCCGCAAAUGUUAUUCAAUGAGGGUUGCAUGACAGCGAUGCUGGAAUGGGUACAAUACAAUCUUGAGCUUAUCUUUGGCCUGGCCAUUGCUAUCGCUUGUAUCGAGAUAUGCAGUCUUAUAUUUUGCUGCUGUCUACACCAGAGCAUAGAGAAGGACGCCAGCUAUGUGUAAAAGGUCAUUUGGAUAUAUUUGUUGUGCUGCAUCAAGUCUUCAAGUUAACAAAACAUAAAUAUACACGUGCGCAAAAUUUACCAUUACAUCCAAUUAAAAUAAACGUGCACGUUCCCAACAUGGACAUCCAAACAUUAUAAUUGGUUUGAAUGUUUUGUCUAAGAAUAAUAGUGUAGUUUCGCCUUUUACGAAAACUGUCUGUUUCCCAAUCAGUCUGAAGGUCAGACUGACCUAAUAUUCUUGCAUAGUCCCCAAUAUAUAGUAUUGCAGAACUUAUAUUCAUUUUCAUAUUAUGGUCAUGUCACCAUGACAACACGUUUAUUAUGUUUGUAUGAUUAACUGCCGUAGUUCUCAAGUUUCAGUUUUACCACUCAGAUAUAAAAUUCAAGUAGAAAUAUAAAAAGGACUUUUUAAUUUCAUUGCAUCCGAUUUCCAAAAAAAAAUAAUAUUUGUUGAUAGAAAAAAGAACAACUUAAGAACUUAAUAAUUGUAAUUUUAUUAUUUAAUUCUUGCACUGCAUUCUGGGAAAUGUGACCCUAGAAAACAUAUCACAAACUGUUUGUUUUUUUGUUGUGAAUUAGUGAAAUAUGUAUCAUGUAUUAUAGAAUUGAGAAUUUCUUGUUAUUAGUAACUCGCUUUUUCACUCUAAUGACAUUUUUAUACUUCUCUUAAAAAUCGAAUUUCCAUGAUUUGAAUAAUUUCGGAAUGUGUGUGAAUUGUCAAUUCAGUUCAAGCAAGACCUUUGAA